UGAGGCUAGGUUAUAUAUUGGAGAGCUGUGCUAUAGAGCUGCGAGCGUGUAAGCCUAGCAGCUGGGUAGUGUUACGGUUGCUGCUUUCCUGUGCUAAGCUGAUUUACUUGUUUAAGGUCUGACCUCAUCAUCCUGUCAGUAUGGAUUCCCACCUAUACAGUUAGCAGCAGCUUAGCAUCGGCUUGAAGAGCUUGCAGUAUAUUAGUCAGAAGAGAGAGGGAGAGAGCUGCCGGUAUUUGUUCUUUUGUUGUGUUUUCUUAAGAAGAGGAGUUGGAACAGAGGAGAUAACAAAGAAUCCAUUUCCCUUCCGAAAGAAUAGGCUUUUGUUGGUUUUGGUUUGUUUUUUUUUCUCCUGGAAAAAAUGUCAGUAUCUGGCAAGAAGGAGUUUGAUGUGAAGCAGAUCCUGAGGCUCCGCUGGAGGUGGUUCAGUCACCCCUCGCAAGGCUCCACAGGCACGGGGGGCUGCCAUCAGCAGGAAGGAUAUGAGCACAGAGGGACACCAGUUCAGAACAGGUUGAAGAACCACGCUCGGGACAGAAAUGGGCUGAAGAAAACCAGCAGUCCUGUCCACCACAACAUACUGGCCCCCGUGCCAGGUCCAACCCCAGUGCACCACCGAUCUAUUCAAACCUGGCAUCAGCAGAAUCUCAUAGAACAGCUUCGAUCAAAUGAGGAUAUCCCUAAAACAAGCACUGAGGAAAACUGUCUCAAAGAAGAUCCAAGUAAAAGCACACAGGAGUUGCAGAUGAUCACAGAAGAAAAUUCAGAUGAAUCUGCAGAGAGGCUGUCAACGACCAGCAGCUCCCUGCUUGGAAUGAACACCAAUGGCUCAGAUGAGUAUUUCCAGUCUACAAACCACGCAGAGCAAACGUUCCGCAAGAUGGAAAGUUAUCUGCAGCAGAAACAGCUUUGUGAUGUUCUUCUUAUAGCUGGAGACCAAAAGAUUCCAGCUCACAGGUUGGUACUCAGUGCAGUGUCUGAUUAUUUUGCUGCAAUGUUUACUAAUGAUGUGCGUGAAGCAAAACAAGAAGAGAUCAAGAUGGAGGGAGUAGACCCUGAUGCACUGCAGGCUCUGGUGCGCUACGCUUACACAGGUAUUCUAGAGUUAAAGGAAGACACUAUAGAAAGUUUGCUAGCUGCAGCUUGUCUUCUCCAGCUCUCCCAGGUUAUUGAAGUAUGCUGCAACUUCCUCAUGAAGCAGCUUCACCCUUCCAACUGCCUGGGGAUUCGCUCUUUUGGAGAUGCUCAGGGCUGCUCAGAGCUGCUGAAGGUGGCACACACAUACACCAUGGAGCACUUCACAGAAGUCAUAAAAAACCAGGAAUUUCUUCUGCUCCCUGCUAAUGAAAUUGCAAAGCUCUUGUCUAGUGAUGACAUCAAUGUUCCAGAUGAAGAAGCCAUAUUCCAGGCAUUAAUGAAGUGGGUGAGGCAUGAUCUGCAAAACCGGCAGCGAGACCUGGGCAUGCUCCUUUCCUAUAUCAGACUGCCUCUGCUUUCACCACAGUUACUAGCUGAUCUAGAAAACAGCCCAAUGUUUGCAGAUGACCUAGAGUGCCAGAAGCUUCUUAUGGAGGCUAUGAAGUACCAUCUCCUACCAGAAAGGAGGUCCAUGAUGCAAAGUCCUCGAACUAAGCCUAGAAAAUCUACAGUGGGUGCACUUUAUGCUGUAGGAGGUAUGGAUGCCACUAAAGGUACCACCACAAUUGAAAAGUACGACCUCAGGACUAACAGCUGGGUACAAAUCGGCACUAUGAAUGGCAGACGACUGCAGUUUGGAGUUGCUGUCAUUGACAACAAGCUCUACAUCGUGGGAGGAAGAGAUGGUCUGAAAACCUCUAACAUUGUCGAAUGCUUCAACCCCAUCACCAAAGUUUGGACUGUAAUGCCUCCUAUGUCAACACACAGACACGGCCUAGGAGUAGCAAUGCUGGAAGGACCAAUGUAUGCUGUUGGUGGCCACGAUGGAUGGAGUUACCUCAACACCGUAGAGAGAUGGGACCCACAAGCACGGCAAUGGAAUUACGUUGCUAGUAUGUCAACCCCUAGAAGCACCGUGGGGGUUGCAGCACUGAAUAGCAAGCUGUACGCUGUUGGUGGACGAGAUGGGAGCUCCUGCCUAAAAUCAAUGGAAUGUUUUGAUCCGCACACAAACAAGUGGAGUAUCUGCGCUCCCAUGUCCAAGAGAAGAGGUGGUGUUGGUGUGGCAACUUACAAUGGGUUUUUAUAUGCUGUAGGAGGUCACGAUGCACCUGCUUCCAACCACUGCUCUCGACUUUCUGACUGUGUAGAAAGGUAUGACCCUAAAACAGAUGCUUGGACGACAGUGGCCCCCUUGAGCGUACCCCGGGAUGCUGUUGGAAUCUGUCCUCUGGGGGACAGGCUAUAUGCUGUUGGGGGCUAUGAUGGUCAUACCUACCUGGACACUGUGGAAUCCUACGAUGCUCAAAAUAACGAGUGGACUGAGGAAGUUCCUGUCAAUAUUGGAAGGGCAGGAGCAUGUGUUGUUGUUGUGAAGCUGCCCUGACCACUAUAAAUACUGUGAUUCUAAAGCGAAUGGAGUUUCACGAAGACUGAGUCAGGAAGAUAAGAAUCACUUCCAGAAAGCACUGCAGACUCUGCCCAUCGUAACAGCCCUCAAUUACAGAGAAUACUUAUUUCUGAGCCAUUGUGCUAUUAAGCACUAAAGUGUCUUCCUGCACUACAGAAAUCAGAGAGCUUUGCAUAACUGAAUGAUUUUAAUACAUAAAAAUUCAAUAAUAUGUUUAAAUGGUUGAAUUUGUUACAGAGGUGUACCUGUUAUUUAUAAAAGGCACAGGUGUAUAAGAUUUCACACACAUUUUCCUGUACUAUACUGACAGAAAUGCUAAUGCUUAGAAAGAGCUUUUAUGUUUGAAGUAAAUGAAAAUGUGUAACAGACAAACAGCUCCAACAGAGAACUACACAGAAGGAAGUAUCAGCCCACAGCUAUCACAGGCAAUAAAAUAGUCUUUGCAGAAAUAAUUUCAGUUCUGUAUUCAGAACCCCCCAAGUCAGAGAAGCAUAGAAUUGGCUGCUCUUCUACCUCUGGCAUGGCUAGUACUGUGAGAGUACCCACUUCAGAGAAUCACAGAAUGGCCCAGGUUGGAAGGCACCUCAGAAGUCAUCCAACCUCGCUGCCAAGGGGAGGGACACCUCUCAACUAGACUCAGCUGCUCAAGGCCUCAUUCAACCUAGCCUUCAAUACUCCAAGGGAGGAGGUAUCCACAACCUCCCAGGCAAGCCUAUCCAAGUCUCACCACCCUCAUACUGGAGAACGCCUUCCUAAGAUCCAGUCUAAUCCUGCCCUCCCUCAGCUUCAAACCAUUCUCCCUUGUCCUGUCUCUAGACACCCUUAUGAUACCUUUAGGAUCCCUUCAGGUACUGGCAGGCAGCUCUAAAGUUCCCCCAGAUUCUUCUCCAGACUGGACACUUUCAGCUUCCUCAGCCUGUCCUCAUAACAGAGGUGCUCCAGCUCUUAGAUCAUCUUUCCAGCCCUCCUCUGGACUCACUCCAGCAGCUCUGUGCCCAUCUUACGCUGAAGACACCAGAACUGGAGGCAGGAUUGGAAGUGGGGUCUCACAAGAGCAGAGCCAAGGUGCAGAAUCCUCUCUUGUCCUGCUGCCCACACUCCUCUUGAUGCAGCCUAGGAUACAGUUUGCCUCUGGGCUGCAGUUUACAGAACUGAAUAGUGCAAGUGCAGAGACAGUAGGGCGAAGGUAUCUCCACGUCAUUAAGUAUGUGCCAAUACACAAUGCUAAUAUAGCCUGCAAUCACGUUCACAGUGCAUAGAGGUGAUGAUUUACUGCUGAUCAGUGUGUCAGGUUAUUCAUGGAUUUGUCUUUGCCUACUAACCCUCUGUCAGUACACGUUAGACUAAUUUGACUAUUCUUGGGAUAAUCACCAUGCAUUAAACUUUAGAACAAUCAUAGAAUUACAUUCCUUGAAUACAGCCUACAAAAUGGAAUUUUUAUAUCAUAUUGAUAUGACAAUCUUUGACCUCAGCUGAAGAUUCCCAGCUAUGUCUCUGUACAGUAGAAAUAUGGUAAGAAAAAGCCAGAUCCACUGUGUAACAUUGUUUGCCAUUCAUAUGUGCAUGUUUAUGCUUCAUUUUAAACUGAAGGGAUGUCAAGAAUCAAGAGGAAAAGAGCACAUAACAUUCCACAUGCAUGUGGUUUUCUCCUUGUGUGCCAACUUUGAAUGAAGAUUUUGUAAACCAUUCCAAAUGUUGAAAGUGUAUUUUAGAAGAAGAAUGUAUGUAAGAUAUCCUAUAUUGUAAAGCACAAAAUUUGGACAGUACCUACUCUAGUGUUUGUUACAUUGUUUUGUCAGUACCAGAGAGAGGAAAAUUCUCUGCAGGUGUAGACUAACUCUCCUGGUAGAAUACAGUGUUUUCAGAACCCAGCAAUAUGCUAUUUUUAAAUGUUUGUAGUAUUAACCCUACUGAAUGCUUCUGAAAAUGAACUCUCCUAAGCUUAUUUAUAAAAAGAAAACCAUUUUUAACUUUAAAAAUCAAUUAUAGCAUGCUAUAUUCAAAUAAAGUUUACUUUCUCUGCUAAAA